AUACCUUAUUUACCGACACAGGAACCACACAGCAUGCAUUUGGCUCUGAGAGAGAGCAGUGUCGCAGGAUUUGAUGACGUAAAACUACUGCGUCAGGAAGAAAAGUCAGGAACCACUAAUAAACUAACAGGUUUCCAGCCUUGUGCCAGGGAUGGGGGACAUGAAGACCCCAGACUUUGAUGACUUACUGGCAGCUUUCGAUAUUCCUGAUAUUGAGGCCAUACAGUCAAAUCCAGAAGAGAAUCAACAUGAAGCAGUGACCAAUGCAGCGGUAGAAGAGAAUGGGUCUCUGUCGUGCUUUGCCCGCUCUCCUGCCCCGAACGCUGAACGCCCUGCAGUCAGCGUCAUUGUGAAGAAUGCUGUACUUCCUCAGUUGUACAUAGAGGAGGAGGAAGAGGAGGAGGAGGAGGAGGAGAAAUCAGGUGGUGAUAAAACAAUACGGGACUUGACUACAGGUACAGAAUUAAAUUUCCCAUUUCAGAACAACUUGAGUGAUCUUCACUUGCAAGUGGAUUCCAAACCAGCUGCUGUGGAGCCACAGAUAUCCAAUGGCUUUAAGACAUCUAUGCUCAUGAAUCAUACUCAGUGGUCACCAGUGAGGUCCACCCUGAAUGAUAACGAAAGUGACCCUAAUAAUGAUGCGAAGCCCAUUCUCUGUUCACAGUCUCUGAGUAAUACAGGUCCAGAUCACUCAGUUCUUACCCCGUUACACUCUUUAUCACCGCUUCAAAAAGAUGACUGUCUUCUCUCUGAUGUGUCACCCUCUACUGUACCUCACAGCAUUGGUACUGAAACCGAAACUAAAACUGCUGUGCACUCAGAGGACGCAGACUCUGAGCCAGAUUUGGGGAGUCCACUCAUGAUCCACGAGAGUCCGGAAUCUCUCUUAUCCUCCCCAUCACACUUAAAACCUCAGCCUGACGUGUUAGCUACUCUGGAAAACUCUUCAUCUAAUAUUUCACCUCGUCUCUCCUCCUCAUCUAUCUCACCUACGAGACUUGAACCACUCCUCGGGAAUGAGAAGCACACCUCCACUCCCACUUUCCCCACCGCAGCUCCUCAGCUACAGAGCCCUAAAGAUCGCCUUCUCUCUAGAUUUACAGGCUGUGCGCCAAUCCAGGAAGAGAAAUAUCCAGAGCAUGUGAUCGAUGAGAGAGACUCACCCGAGAGCCCACCACCCAGUGAGACAGGUGUCGUUGUCCCCAUCAGAAACGGCAGCCCUGAAUUGGACAAAGCCCCAGGCUCACCGGGUCAGACUGAAGAGCUGCAGGAAAGGUCGGCAGAAGAAGAGGAAAAGUUAAAAGAAGAAAACAGUGUUGCUGAGAAAAACAAAGAAGAUAGUGGUGACUUGAUGGACACUGAGAGUAUAAUGUCUGAUAUUUCUGCAGAGACUGAUUCAUCCCCACCACGCCCUCUCAAAGUUAAAAUUAAGGUCCCUACAGGUAGCAUCACCAAAACCAUAGCCAGUUUGACGCCUAUGAAAAACGCAAGAAUCGCGUCCAAGGCUGUGGGAGGUUCAAAAGCAUCGGUGGAACAUCAGAGCACAAACUCAAAGAGGGGUUCAUCUCAGCGACUUCAGUCUCCUGCAGCAGCCGUGAUCCAGGACAUUUGUCCUGCAAAACCAGAAAGUGCCAGUGAAGCGAAACAGAAAUGUGUCACGGACAAAAAAACUACAGUUACAUCCACAGACGCGGGCAGUAAAACCACAUCGAUGCCCUCCGUCUCCUACCCUAGAAUCAGCUCCGGUGUGGUCACCCUGCGAAGUCUGGGCCAGAAGGCGAUAAAAAGGGGGACGUUGCUUCCCUCACCAUCUCCUCUGCACCCUCCCCAAAGCAGCGGCAAACCAGCCUCCAUUGUCAACAACACUGGGGCCAUCAUAUCCAAGAGUCAGACCAGUCUGGUCGAAGCCUUCAACAAAAUUCUCAAUAACAAAAACCUGUUGCCCGUUUAUAAACCAGACCUUAGUGCAGCUCUUCCAGCAGAGUGGGGCGUUCCUCUGCCAGCACAGGGUUACCGUUGUUUGGAGUGCGGCGAUGCCUUUGCCCUGGAGCAGAGUUUGGCUCGACACUACGACAGGCGCUCCCUAAGGAUUGAAGUGACGUGUAACCACUGCGCCAAACGCUUGGCCUUUUUCAACAAAUGCAGUCUGCUGCUGCAUGCCAGGGAGCACAAGGAGAAAGGACUGAUCAUGCAGUGUUCUCAUCUGAUCAUGAAAACCGUGCCGGUGGACCAGAUGAUCAGUCGGCUGGAUCCCACAGCAGUCGCUCCAACAUUGUCUUCUUUAGGGUCAGUGACCUCUGCCCCAACACAACAGUCACACAAAGCAGCUACCAAGAGACCAGACGAAGUGCAGUAUGUUGGCAAUAAAUGUCCUGAGUGUCUGACACAGUUCAGCAGCAAAGAAGAAGUGGCUGAGCAUUUCAAGGAAAUCAAACCAGGGCAAACUACAGUGCCGUGCACAGAGUGUUCUCCACCCAUGCUCCUGCUCAAUAGCUGUAGCGCAGCAGCGCACCGUCGCAUCCACCAAAACAGCCAACCACAUGUUUGCCCUGAGUGCGGGGGAACCACCAAGCAGUCAUUAUUCCAAACACACCUCGAAAAGUCCUGUUUGCAUUUUUCCCGCCGUAUAGGAUACAGAUGUUCCAGUUGCCUGGUGGUGUUUGGUGGCCUGAACUCGGUCAAGUCCCACAUCCAACAGGCCCACUGCGACACCUUUUACAAAUGCCCCACCUGUCCCAUGGCUUUCAAAUCUGCCCAGAGCAUCCAGGAUCACGUGACCGCUCAACAUCCAACGGUCACUGAAGGACAGACAAUAUUGAUUUAUAAAUGUGUGAUGUGUGACACUGUUUUUACCCAAAAAACACUGCUGCACAUCCAUUUUGAGACUCAUCUGAUCAACCAGAAGGUGCACGUGUUUAAGUGUCCUGAAUGUACCAAGCUGUUCUCUCAGAGGAAUUCACUGCUGGAGCAUGUAAAGACUCACAGGACUGUCACAGUAGAAGAAGAACUGCCCUCGUCUCCAGCUGCUUCAUCCAACCCACGGCCUUCUGUGAAAGUAGAAAGCUCAAACGAUGAUGAACAGAUGAGUGGAGGCAAACCCAAAAAAGUAAAGUCAGGGAGCACGAAGGCACCUUCAGGAUGGAAGUGCGCACCGUGUCAUGCACGCUACACAGAGCGGGAGGAGUAUCUCACUCAUAUGGCCGAACAGCAUGGAAAAAUUUUGAAGAAGUUUCCUUGCAGCAAAUGUGAGAGCUCCUUCACCACAACCUCCAGUCUGCAGCGUCACAUCAGGGACAAACACAAAGUCCCAAAUCGUGGCUUUCGAUGCCAGUUCUGUACUGGAGGGAAAAAAAUGUUCAGCACUAAAGAUUUGCUGGAGCGACAUGUGAAACUCAGGCACAGCGUGGAGUCUGUAAUCCAGGAUCAACUGAUGGACAGUGAAGACGAGGUUGACAGCUCGCCUGAACAGGGAAAACCCUUGAGGACUCAUCGGACACGGAGACAAUUUGUCAAGAUGGAACCUAAGGAAGAGCUCCCAGAAGGAAUGUCUCCUAUAAAAAAGCCACGCCCAUCAUCCUCUGCUUCAAUUCCCGAGUCCGGAUUUCGCUGCGCUCACUGUGGCUAUGUCACAGAGGAGCAGGCGUCCUUCCUGGAGCACAUCAGCCAGCACAGGCGAGGAGGGACAGCAGGUGGCGACCUGCAGUGUCUGCAGUGUGGUGCCUGCUUUACAUCCACGUCUUCAUUGUCACGCCAUCGCUUCAUCAUGCACAAAAUGAGAGACACGGCCCCCGAUAACCAAAGCCUCAGUCUGCCCUCAGCAGCUGCGUCGAACCACAGCGAUAAACAGGAUUCCACGGCGCCGUCCUCUCCCUCCUCUCAGCCGUCUGCAGCCAAUGACACGGAGGAGGAGGACUCACUGGGCUGUAAGGUGUGUGGCAAACAUUUUGAGAGAGCGUCAGAUUUGAAUACACACUUUAGAACUCAUGGUAUGGCCUUUAUUAGUGCAAGGAAUGUAGGAAAAACAAUCUAAAGGUCAGGUAUGUGAAAAUGCCGUCACGUAUUUUGAAGACAAUAACUAUUCCUUAUUCCUUAUAUGGCUAAAAACGUCUCAGUGUAAUUAAUGGUGAUCUGACAUAAAUUCUGAUUUAAAAGUUACAUUACUUGUUUUCAUUAAUCAUAAUAUGGAAAAUAUAACAUGUUACCUUCUCUUCCUGUGCAAAUUUCCAUCCUAAAAUUGUUAUCUGCAAAUUCAACCUUUUGAUUUUUAAGAUAUGCCACGAGUCUUGGGCCGCACGUUGGCAAAGUGAUUGUGUUUUUGCAUUACUAUAAGAAUGUCACAGGUUUGAGCCCAGAUGGUAACUUUGAAUGUUCAUGUUUUCUCCUUGGACUCAUGUUUCCUCUCACAGUCCAGCUGGCAUCAUGUUGAGCUUUAAUUCCACCACCACAACAUUUCCAGCCUCCAGUUUCUUGACCAUUGUGCAGAAAAAGUCAAAUGAGUUCCAAACACUGCUACACAGAAAAACAUAGAGAGAAUUAGGAAAAAUAAAACGUUUUAUCUUUGUCUGACACUGACGCUGUUACGGGCGUCAGACUUACAUUAUAUUAAGUCAUUCCUUACAGCUUAGUAGUAACAGUAGCAGGGGAACUGUUGGUGUAGCUCAUUCACGUCGGUGAUAGUUGUCAUUGUUUUCACGCAUGUCUUUCUGUGAUGGCGACUGUCAGUAGAAUUUGAUUGACAGCAACAUUUCGAAUCUCAGUAGUACUGAAACGUCUGUUGAACAACUCAAAUCUUUUUGAAUGUUAUUGGACAAUUUUGUUUUUUGUUUUUUUCAAGAACCUACGUCAAAUUGGACAGUGUCAAAUAAUCUUAAUCUUUUCUAGGGAAAAAAAUUAAAAUCAUAUUUUGAUAACAUUUUAGAUAUCUCUAGAAUUCUACAAGCCUUCUCAAAAAUCAGAUUAAAAAUAUGAAUUUAAUUUUUGUAGAUUUUUACAACUGUACUGGCUUCGAAUAAUAAUUUGAUAAUAAUUAAUUCAGAGCAAUGGACGAGUGAAAUAUAAUUCAACAUAAUUUCGGUCAGUCUUGACUGUCUAGUGAUCGAGAUGCACUUCCUGUUUGGAAGGUUAGUCCUUGCAUAUCCUUAUAUGACACGAUACUAAAACAUCUUCAAUGAUUUAUUUACACUUAAUUUUUUUUUUGUCUGAAUGGCUGUAAAUAAGAGUGUCAUCAGUGUACGUUUGAACCUGAAGUUGUGUAAUGCAGAGCCUAUUGUCAGUCAAAAUCCACAUUAACAGAAAAACAGACGACUGAAAGUUGAACUUUAGGGUUGCAGUGUUUUAAAUAUUUAAUAGUUUAUCUGCACGUUUUAUGUUAAAGCUGUUCACAUUAUAGUAUCUGACGAUGAAGAAAUGCAUAUAUAUAUCCAUAUAUGCGUAUACAUGUGUAUAUAUUCAUGUAUAUGUAAAUGCAUACAUACAUACUCAUAUGAAAUAUAUAUACAUGUGUUCACAUAUGUGAUAUACACAUAUAUGUAUAUAUGUAUGUGUAUAAUGUACUGCAUUCAGGACUCACCUAUUCUAUUCAUACAUUCUCAGGCGCUUUAUUCAACCUUUUUAUCCUUUUAAAUGUUUGAAUUAAGACCACAAUUUCUCACCAAAAAUAAUUUUUCAAAAUAAAAGCCAUUUAU